GGUGCACUGAAUGCUGUCAGAAGUCUGGUUUGUGCAGCCCAGGGCAACAGAGAGCAGCCCAAGGCUGUUGUGAUACACAGUAGCGGAAACCAUGGCCAAGCUCUUGCCUUUGCAGCUAAAGUGGAAGUCCCGAAUGGAGGUGGCAGCUCGGACAGUUCAGGAGAAGGAAGGUGUGAUGGUGCACCCCAAUCAGGAUCCUGCUGUGAUUGCAGGCCAAGGCACUAUAGCACUGGAGGUACUGCAGCAGGUACCUCAGGUGAAUGCACUGGUGGUUCCCGUUGGAGGAGGAGGAAUGGUUGCUGGAAUAGCAGUGGCCGUCAAGGCUUUGAGACCAGACAUAAGAGUGUAUGCCGCAGAACCAUGCAAUGCAGAUGACUGCUACAGGUCAAAGGUGACAGGGGAACUCACCCCCAACCGCCAUGCCCCCAACACCAUAGCAGACAGUGUUAAAACCAGCAUUGGACAGAACACCUGGCCUAUCAUUAAGGAUUUGGUGGAUGACGUGCUGACAGUCACAGAAGAGGAGAUCCAGCAAGCAACACAGCUGGUGUGGGAGAGGAUGAAGCUGCUCAUUGAGCCAACAGCUGGAGUGGGAGUGGCUGCUGUGCUCUCUGAGCAGUUUCGCUCAGUCUCUCAGGAAGUGAAGAACAUUUGCAUUGUACUGUGUGGAGGAAACAUAGACCUAGGUUCCCUGGCCUGGCUCAGCCCAGCUGGCAAAGAGGCAAAUGGAAAUUGAUCAGCCUUGAGAGCCACGUCUCCCAGUAGUGAGGAACUGAGCUGUUUCUUAGAGCCUGGUGCUGUCUUUGCACAGUGGGGCCUCUAGGAGUUACUGUAAUAAUAAAAAAACGACAUGAACAAAAGGAUUGUGAUUUCUAAGGAAGUGGGGAAACCUUGUCAUCUCAGGGAGCAGCUGGUGCUACUCUUGACCUGGUACAGGUGGGUGCAGCCCAAGAGCUGGUCUCAGCCUCUCUAAAGCAGGCAGUUGGAAUGAGUUUCAUUCAGCUACCCCCUGCCUGGGGCCCAAGCCCAUGCUGCUUGGAGAGAUCACUUGUGUGUUCAGCAGCAGGAGACUGUGGUAAAGUCUGACCCUGUGCUCUCAUGGGACAGGGCUCCCUCCUGCCCACAGGCUCUAAGUUAGACAAACACCGUUUAUUGGGGAAGAGUCAACCGCACAUUUGUAAAGAGAAGUCAUGCCUCGCCAAUCUAGAAGAAUUCUUGGAGGGUGUACUUGGUUUUUCAGAAAGCCUUUGACAAGGCCCCACACCACAAGCUCUAAGAAUACUAAGA